AUGUCCGAAUAUUCGACGUCUAUUUACUGCCCCAUCUGCGGCGGUCCAACAUCCAGUCACUCAACCGAGCCAGCCAUUGAUUAUCUGUCUGAGCCCAGCAUCGACUCUGAUGACGACAGGGGCUGGUUGGGCAAAGUCAAGCUUAUCACACAGAACCGCAAGUCAGGAAGCGUUUUCAUUGUGCCUCGUGCCGAGCAGGAGGAGGCGAACGACUUCAAUGUUGAUUUUCUGGAGAACAAUAGGAUAGUUCGCAAAGAUGUGAACAUGAUGACGGUAUAUAAACUCGGAAGUGGAGACCCCUUAGUGUUUCCUUUCCAUGCAGACUGUUACGAACUUCUCGGAAAGGUCGUCAAGCCGCAAAAGGUUGACAACGCGGCCUUUUACCGAGUUCUGAAAUCUCAUCUUCCAUCCCCGUACCGGCUACCAAAUGCCUUGGACUUUAACUAUGGCAAAUUGAAGAGAUAUCAGAGCGAUGAGUGGGAGACUGCCCCCGGGAUAGAGUAUGCUGUCGCAUCGCCAGUUUCCAUCGAGAACGUCACCUCCAUUAUCGAGAAGGUUUUGAGGAAAGCUAACAAGUCCAAUGUACAAGACUUUCAAUCCGACGUACCAGCUGGGCCAUCUUCUGAUCGCGGUCGUUCCCAAGACGCGCAGGCUGGCCCGCAUCAGUCCUACAGAACUGCCCCAUACUACAAUGAACAGGGACGAAGGUCCACAACGAAACCAGCGAAAGAGGCAGAAUCGGCAGAAUGGACUAAACAGAUAUUCCGUGCCAGGGAUAUUCCUGACACGGAAUGGGAAAGGAAAUUUACCAGGGAAUUCGCCUGGAUACGCGAGUUUCUUCCACCCAAGGAGGAGAUUGAGCGGCGCCAUGUUGAUAGGUUCUUGUUUUGCGAGGCCAUCUUUGACCUAGGCGGUGGUCGCGGAUUCAAUACUCCUGACUACCGAGAUACGCUGCGGGGCUUGCACAAUCGUCGCCGCAUCUGGCAAUUAUGUUCGACGAUAGUCGUGGAGUAUAUACUUCACUCCCAACCGCACAACGCACAAAGGUCCGAAGCGAGCUCUUCACCCGAGACCACGAGAUCCACGACGGCCAGCUCAGUACCUACGAGCAUGCCCUCCAUGGACUUCUUCAGAAGGCCUAUAAAAGGUAGCAAACCUUGGCCCUGUGAGCCCAACGAGCUGAGAAGCAGGUCUCCUAUCGAAGCCUCUUCCAUAGAGACCCUGACUCUUGCCGCUCGCGAUAGCGAUCUGAACAAUGCCGUCCGUAUCGGGGUCGACGCAAAUAUGCAACGUUUCGAGAUUCACUUUGAAGAAAAUGGACGAAAAUGGAGUCACUGCAUUGGUCCUCGUAGCAGGGCUAUGCAGUACCUCUACUUCGACAAGUCGUCGGCCGUCCCUGACAGGAUCAUACAAUGCUAUGUGACCAUGAAGCACAACAUCCCCGUCGGUUUACGUCUUUUCAGCACCAAAGGUCAAGUGAUCACAGCUGGAAAGCCUGGGAAUGACGAGAUAGCGUAUCCGAGGGAAGAAGAUGAGGAAGGGGGCUGGCUGACUGGAACAUUCUGCCAGUGGUCGGAUCGCGAUUCUCCGGGCGCCAAGCUGGCUUCUUUCGGCGUUUAUUUCGCUCAUGACUAG